AUGCUUGACGUUUUCGGCAUAGUCUCUUUGGCAUAUCUUUUCCUAGGUAUUCUCUGGUUCCCGCGGAUUAUUCAGUCGGGGAAGCAGAUGUCUCAGUUUCAGCAUCUGAUCACUAUGCUGAUCGCUUUGGGGAUGUUCGAGACGGCGGUUCAUUACUAUGAAUACGCCAAGUUCAACAAGACUGGGACGAGGCCGCAGGAAGUGACUGUGUGGGCUGUGACUUUCUCUUAUGUGAGGAAGACUCUAUUACGGCUUCUUCUUCUUUUUGAAUUUACAAGUUUAUAA